UUAACUUCGCUGGAUGUGUUCGCUUGAGUCGCCACUUUGAUUAAACGUUGAAUUACUAAUUCACUCGUUGAACCUCUUUCUUGUCGGAAUUUACCACGGCUGAUCAUCUGAUGAAUAAGUUAACACAAACUUCGGAAGAAGAAAUCCAAGCAGUUGUUGACAAGUGCUGGCAGGAUAUUGGGAAUAUUUGCGGAGAUGAAACGGUUAAAAAAUCUUUAUCAUCGCCUUUUGACCCAAGAAUUAGAGGUUGGAGAGUCGUUAGGCUAUUUGUUUCAUCAACGUUCGCCGAUUAUCAUGCCGAAAGGGAAGUUUUAGUCAAAAAGGUUGUUCCAGAGCUGCGUGAGUGGUGUGAAGAGAAGUCAAUCAAUUUGAUUGAAUGUGACCUCAGAUGGGGUGUCCCAAAAGACUCCACAACAGAAACAACUAUCAGAACUUGUUUGGGUGAAAUUAAUCGCUGUGCAGCAGAGGCAGAUGGGGAAUCAUUUUUCUUAAACAUGCUGGGAGAGCGAUAUGGAUGGAUUCCAGAUUCAUCAGAAAUAUCAGAAGAAAUUCAAGAGGAGUACCAGUGGAUUUUUCCAACAUCAAUAACACACAUGGAAAUCAUUCAUGCUGCAUACAAGAUGCAAAAUAAAAACGCACUAUUUCUUUUGAGAGAUUCUGAGUUUUUAGCAGAUCUGCCCCCACAGAUGAUGAAAGCAUUUGUGGAUGAUCAUCCUCUGAAUAAGGCACAUUUAAAGGCAUUGAAGGAAAAUCUGAGACAAAGAUAUCCUGGACAAGUAUUUGAUUAUUCUUGUCAAUAUGGUGGGAUUGAUGAAUCAACAGGAAGGUCAAAGGUCAAACUCAAAGGGUUAGAGGUUUUCUGUCAAAUUGUGCUCGAAUUUUUCAAGUCAGCUAUCAACAGAUUAAUUCCGACCGUAAACCAGACAUUGUCAGUGGAAGAAAUUGAGCUCUCAAUGCAUAAUCAGUUCAUUGAAUUGAGAGGCCAGCUUGUACUUGGUCGUGGGGAAGAGAUUACUACUGUAAUGAACUAUGUUCAACAUGGAACCAUAUCUGAUGGGUCUGGCUCAGGACGUCGUCCUCCUCUAAUAGUUCUAGGGUCUUCAGGCUCUGGGAAGUCAGCACUCAUGGCUUAUUGUACGCUGGAGAUACAAAAUCUUGGACUCCCGUUGUUCUUUCACUUUGUUGGGGCAUGUCCUGGAUCAACGGUACCUUUAAAACUCCUGGAAAAGCUUGUACGAUGGUUUAAUAAAGGUUUUAGUGUGGAAGACAUCGAGCAGAUGAGUGUGAAACAACUUCAACAAGAGAUCAAGGAAGGCGUAGAAGAGCUUGGUAAACGGGAAGAGGUGUUUGUGAUAAUGAUCGAUGCAGUCAACCAGCUAGCAGAUGUUGAAUCCCAAGAACAUAUGGACUGGCUUCCAAGCUCUUUCCCGCACAAUGUUCGUUGCGUAAUCAGUGCAGUGACUGACAGUCGUUCUGUUAUCCUCCUGUCCGACGAGCGCCGCGCACCUAGUCCAGUACCCCUUCAUCUACCAGACCUUGAUACGUCUGUCCGACAAAAGAUAGUGGAACGUAAAUUGGGCGAGUACAAAAAGAAACUGGAUGCGGAGCAGAUGAAACUGCUGAUCGAUUCUCCAGGGGCGUCAAACCCUCUUUGGCUAUCACUGUCUUGUGAGGAACUUAGAGUAUUUGGAGUUUUUGAGACCAUCACUCGCCACAUCGUAAAUUUGCCGUCUACGUUGAAAGAACUUCUGAAGUUUAUAAUGAACAGGCUCACAGCAGAGGACGAAGACGACAACAUUCAAAAGGUUUUGGGACUAUUGGCUUGCAGCAGAGGUGGUUUGGGUGAAACAGAGCUCCAAUACCUCCUGAGUGAUGACCUUUCCAAAGCUGUGGCCAUGAUGGUCUGGGCACAAGUGCGUCGAACACUGAAACCUUUUCUUAGAAACGUUGCUGGCAGAAGAGAAGAGGAAAGACUUGAUUUCUUCCACGCUUCAAUACAAGAGGUUGUCCUGGAAACUAUUCUCCAGGAUUCUGAGGAAAAGGAAAAAUUCCAUUUGAAACUUGCUGAUUACUUUGAACUUCACUGUAAAGAUAAAGACCGAGUGAUCUUCAUGGCACCAGAACAGCUUAAAUUGGCCGGGAAAAGGAAAAGGCUGCUGGAAUUUCUGAGGAACGAGGAGCGCUCUGGAAAACCAGGACAAUGGAAAGACCGCUACUAUGAGGAUUUUCGUUGUGACAUGAGACUCCUACCAGGAACCGCCUUCUCUCACAACGUUCACAUCUGUAGGUUCUGCGACAUGAAACGUGGAGCUUUUAGCGAGCACUCGUGUUUCAUCUGUGGUCGGUUUACGCCUUGGAGAAAUGACAUGCAGGCUGCUAGGGUUUGUCAUGCGCAUGAGCUUCCAGGACCGCCAAACUUGGUAAUGUGUUAUUUGUGCAGAAAACCUGCCUUUAUCGACUAUGCUAUGGUUUAUUUAUGUGCUCUUUGUGAGAAUGUAGCAAUAAAGAGAUGUGCUAUGCUUGUAACCGACUGAUCUGGCUUAAAUUAUAAAGGCUGAUACACAAAGGGUUUGCAUCCGGGUAAUGCCAUAAGUACAGCCUUCAAGCCUUUCUUCCUCUGUCUAGGAGACCUUGCAAUUACAAAGCCCUACCUUCCCAGGACUAAUUGAAGAAUUUACAUUCUCAUGUUUUUUCUUCUGUUUUGUUUUUAUUAUGCUGGUAUUUGGUUAUUAGCGCAUUUUCAUCGAGCGUCCUAAAACCAAAGCCUAAAUAUUAAUAACAGCUAACAGUACGCAGAAAAAUAUUCCAGUAGGCCGAUAAGAAUGCAAAGUAAGAACAACCGAGUUGUUGAAGCGCGGGAAAGCGCGAAUGACUGGCUCACAAUUAGUUUUUGAUUUGAAUGUGAUUGGCUAGGAAAGUGGCACGAACUCUAAGGAUCAAUCAGAGGACGAAGUGAAGAAAACCAUAGCACUGUCGAAUUAGUUUCGACACUCAAUUGAAAAUGUCUCUCUAACCGAAUUUGCUCUCUUGAAUUUCAUAGGAUUAUUAGGAUUAUUAUCUUAUUAUCAUACCAUUUAUAGUGUUAAACGAUAAAAAAAUAGAAAUAUAUCUAAUCUAAAAACAUUGUAAGGGUUUCCUUUAUUAGUGUUGGAAAAUAAAUGGAAAAAACAU